CCGAAGCCUUCCCCUUCUGUUUCCGGUGCCGUCACGGGACAGAGCAGUCGGUGACAGCCCCGAGGGCCCCCGCCCCGAGCCCAUGGCCGAGCCGGAUCCCUCUGACCCUCUGGAGACCCAGGCAGGGAAGGUGCAGGAGGCUCAGGAUUCCGAUUCUGACUCCGAGGGAGGAGCAGCUGGCGGAGAAGCAGAGAUGGACUUCCUGCGGAAUCUGUUCUCCCAGACCCUGGGCCUGGGCACCCAGAAGGAGCGGCUGCUGGACGAGCUGACCCUGGAAGGCGUGAGCCGCUUCAUUCAGAGCGACCGCUGUCGCAGGAUCAUCUGCCUGGUGGGCGCUGGCAUCUCCACGUCCGCGGGCAUCCCUGACUUCCGGUCUCCGUCCACCGGCCUCUACGCCAACCUGGAGAAGUACCGGCUGCCCUACCCGGAGGCCAUCUUUGAGAUCGGCUACUUCAAGAAACAUCCGGAACCCUUCUUCGCUCUCGCCAAGGAACUCUAUCCCGGGCAGUUCAAGCCCACCACCUGCCACUACUUCAUCCGCCUGCUGAAGGAGAAAGGGUUGCUGCUGCGCUGCUACACGCAGAACAUAGACACCCUGGAGCGCGUGGCUGGGCUGGAGCCAGAGGACCUGGUGGAGGCCCACGGCACCUUCUACACGUCACACUGUAUCAGCUCUCUGUGCCGGCGCGAGUACUCGCUGGACUGGAUGAAAGAGAAGAUCUUCUCGGAGGUGACUCCCAAGUGUGAGAAGUGCCAGAGCGUGGUGAAGCCUGACAUCGUAUUUUUCGGCGAGAACCUGCCGGCGCGCUUCUUCUCCUGCAUGCAGUCAGACUUCCUGAAGGUGGACCUGCUCAUCAUCAUGGGAACCUCCCUGCAGGUGCAGCCCUUCGCAUCCCUCAUCGGCAAGGCACCCCUGUCCACCCCGCGCCUGCUCAUCAACAAGGAGAAGACCGGCCAGACGGACCCCUUCCUGGGGAUGAUGAUGGGCCUGGGAGGAGGCAUGGACUUUGACUCCAAGAAGGCCUACAGGGACGUGGCCUGGCUGGGGGAUUGUGACCAGGGCUGCCUGGCCCUCGCCGACCUCCUCGGAUGGAAAAAGGAGCUGGAGGACCUUGUCCAGAAGGAGCACGCCCGCAUAGAUGCCCAGCUGGGGCCGGGGACCCCCAACCCCACCACGGCAGCCUCCCCCAAGACGACCCCACUGCCUGCCCAGGAAGAGGCCAGGACUGCGGAGGGAGAGAAACCUCAGUGACGCUGCCCCUCCGGGACAGCUGAGCCCCCACCAGCCCUGGGUCCCUCUAACUUGCAGCUCUCAUCCGGGGAGCUCCAAACACCCUCCGAUCUUUUUAACAGUCCCCUCCCAAUGCUGGGGACCCAUCACCCCCACUCAGCCUUGGCAAGCCUCUAACGUCUCCCAAGGGUCUCUAACUGCCCACAGCUCUAACCUCCAGAGUUCAGGAGCCGCCCCCCUUAUCCUAACUGCUCCUGGAGGGCCGGGCUCCACAGCCUCUAACCUGUCCCAGCUGUUCCUGGGUGCCUGGGGCCAAGAACACUACAGCCAACCUCCCCCGAGCAGGGCAUGGGCCCUCCGAAUGUCUCUCAUGCCCAGUGGGCAUGGAAAGGACCACCAACUGCCUCCAACUCCCAAAGUGGCUGCGGGGCCCCCGGUCCUUGGGGCCCACCUCCCAUAUGGUCCUUGGGGCCCACCUCCCAUAUGGGGGAUGGGCAGAAGAUGUUGCUUCUUGGAGACAAAUUAAAAGCAAAAACAGAAACAACU